CUGCCUCUAUGCUCGGUAGGACAAUUUUCCUGCCGAAAUAGCCCGAAAUGUAUCCCUACGUCGUGGCUUUGUGACGGUGCCCGUGAUUGUCCAGACGGUAGCGACGAAACUCACAGCAACUGCCAUUCACAUCGGUCUAAUACAACCUGUUCGGGAGAUCAACCGGAAUGUCGCCAUGGAGGCUUCCAACGUUGCAUCCCUCAGAACUGGCUAUGUGAUGGACAUAUGUAUGUAACUGAUGCUGUAGCUGAAAGGGUGUUGAUGAAAGACUUCUACGCUUCGUGCUCUGCACCUAUUGUUCCGGAAUAUCUCCCAAUAGUUCAUUCUCGUGCCUUCCCAAAGUACAACACUCAUGAGGAAUCCCUUGUAGUUUCAGCUGUGGAACUUAUGCCUUGGUUCCUCGAACGAUGUGUAUGGUGUUUCGAAAGAUUGCACGGAUGUUUCGGGAUUGAAGAGGCCGGUACGAUGCAUUCAGUGUGA